AUGGCUGAACAAGACAGCCUCGCCGCCCUCCAGGGCCUACACCGCGACCUCUGCGCCCACAUCGACCUCAAGCUGCCCGUGCUGGAGCGGCUGCUGCUGAACCUCGAGGCCCAUCUGGAAGAGCUCAAGGCGCUGCUCGACAAGAAGCCCAAGAGCGAAAAGAGCAGACAGGCGCUGGCCUCUGGCAACAUCACCAUUGACGACAACGAGUACGAGGUCAACGACGACUUCAAGCAGCAGACGCUCGAGCUCGCCGACGCCCUCGAUCUCGACGAAUUGGACGCGGCCGCCCUGUUCCUCGGCGCGCAAGCCGAAGCCCAUGAGCUAGACCGCUCCCAGCUGCAGACGGCCGUGAUCCGCUUCCACCGCCGCCGCGAAUAUGUCCUCUUGUGCGUGCGCAUCCUGAUGAAGACGGCCCUCGACACCGACGACGCCCAGGUGGACGGCCUGCCCGUGCUGCACGAGGCGGUGCAGAUGAUUGUCGGCGUCCACGGCACAACCAACCUGGCCAAUGCCUUUGGCUUCUGGGCCAAGUGCCUGGCUGGCAUGGAGGCGGUCGAGCGGUGGCUGCAGUUCAUCAACGAGCGCGUCCAGAGCACCCACGUCGUCGGCCAAGUCCCGCUGCCGGGCUUCGUCGAGAUCAUGGACUUCCAGCGCCAGAGCCUGACGCGCCAGCACGAGAACCUGGCGGCCAUAUGCACCCACAUGGUCAAGCCCGGAUACGUCAAUCUGGACAACUACAAGUCGCUGCUGGCCCGGGCCAAGACGCUCGACCGACACGACCUCAACACGAUCCACUACGUACCCAUCCUGCUUCGUCUCACCUCGUGGGUCGCCUCCGACAGCAACAACGUGACGCUAAAGGACGCGCGCAGUCUGCACAACGCCCUGAUGGCUGGCCGUGACAGCGACAACUGGCUGCUCAGGAAUCUGCAUGCUGCGACGUUGACUUGGUGGCUGGCAGAGUACAGCGGGCGCUACAUGGACCCCAAUACCCAGGACGCCGCGCUACAGGGCAUCAACUUCGACGACGAGGCGAAUGCGCGAUCCGACGCCUUUCUCAAAGCGCUCGACGAUGGCGCAUUCCACUUCAUGCUUUCCGUCAGCCAGGACGUACGCCCAACGCGCUGGUACGACCCGCAGAAGACUAGCAUGCUGUCCACACUGCUGCAAGACACCGCCAUGCUAAGCCGAGACUCUGUGCCGCCCGAGGACUUCUUCAAGGAGCUCCUGAUGGAGCAGUUCCAGGCCUUUGUCGAUUGCUUCAUCACGCACAUGCCCGACACCCUACGCAAACUCAAGGCCGAGGAGGACGAUCAGCGCCGACGACUGCAGCUACACUUCCAGCGAUCAAUCGGAGAGCUCCCUCUCCACCUGGAGCGAUUCAUGGUGAUUGUGGCCUAUGCAUUUGAUGGCUUUCCCGACGCCGCCGAAGACUUCUGGAGUGAUAAGGAAAGCAAUCUCUACGGCUUCUUGCAGUGGGCGGCCAAACGCCAACCUACCCCGCGGAUAGCCAUGUUUUGCGAAAUGCUGCGGGCUAUUGGUACUGGAGAAACGAACGCCGAAGCCGCACAUCGAUUCUUGCUCGAAGAAGGCGCAUCGGCCUCUGGGAAGAUCCGCCGAACCAGCUCGCUCAGUUAUACCACAAUCUUCAAUGAGCUGUGUGAGUUCGAAAAGGACAUCCACGAACCGAAAAAGGCCAUCCAAGGCAGCGUCUUUGCCCCCGCAACCAACCCGAUCGACCAGAUUGUAGAGCCAGAGAGUGCGACCAUGCUGGAAAGCUACUUUCGCCUCAUCUCACACAUCUGUCGGCAAAGCGCCACCGCCCGCAACUGGAUCCUCGAAGUCAAGGAGUACGACUUUGCCAACAUCUGCUUCGGCCUCUGCACCGACAAAGUCGAGAGUGGGUUGCGCGCUGCUGCUUUCGACGCGCUAUCUGCUCUACUUGUGGGCAAGGAUUCUGCGCGAGCCAAUGCCAUGUGGCUCAUGCUGGACGACUGGACCGUCAACGGCUUCUGCACUGGCUCCAAGCAGAACAACACUCUAGGAGCUGCGCCAAGAGACGACCUGUGGCCCACGCUUGCAGAUGGGUACGACGAAUCCACUGCCUUGGUUCGCUUUCUCCACUCGCUUGUGGAGCCCUACCCUGAGAAUAAAGGCCUUAACGACAGUCUUCCAUUUCCCGAAGGCUUGGGCUCGGCGCGCAGGAUACCCGGUAUCGAGAGCUACAUCGACUUCGUCAUGCAGCAGGUGUUUGCAGAGCGCUCCUUGGAUGUACUUGAUCCCUUGCAGCGCAACGUCAUGCGGUGGACAUGCUUGCGUUUCAUGGUAACGUGUCUCUCGACGUUCAAUGAGAAUCUCGUCGUCUUUGCAAACAAGUCUAGCAUACCUGUUGAUACCGUCAUUGACCCUUCGUCUCUUGCCGUGUACGUGGCUCUGCACCCAUUUGCGCGCGUCAUGGAAUGGCUGUUCAAUGACAAAGUCAUCAAGGCUCUUUUUGCUGCCUCGCAUCAAGACGUGGCCGAGGUCGACGCUGCUCCAUCCGACUCACCUUUGGUUCAAUCGCUCAUGCUGAGCAUUGAGGUGAUGGACCUGGUGAUGAAGCUUCAAGCGACUUAUCUGGACAUUGUCAGGCCAGUCCUCAAGCAGCAGACAUCCUUCCAGCACUCCCCGGUAUCCAAUCUGUCGCUUGCGUCUUUCGAAGAUGCAAUUUUGAACAACCUUCAAAUCAUCGUCGACCUCGGUCUCUACUGCGGGACGGGUCACGAGGCUUUGACCAUCGCCUCUCUUCAACUACUGGAGAAGAUGGCUUCCUCACGCAAACUUGCAGUCUCACCCGCAGGAUUUGGACAGCGCUCGGGCCGAAGCAAGAUUGUCGGAAUCUUGGAGAAGGACAAUGAAGCAGAGCGCAUCGGCAGAUCGCUCUCGGGUCUGAUGCGAUUCAGUGCCGAAGAGCUUGAAGCUGGGGAAGAAGCCUCGGGAUACAUCGUCAAGCUUCGCAUCCUGGAUUUCCUCAACAGUUGUUUGGCUGCUGUAUCCCUCCGGCCAACCAUAGCCCAUAUUCUCUUGGGCUUCGCAUGCGGAACAAAUGCUGUCCGAAUUGCCGACGAUAGUCUUUGGUCCAAUGGGCAAGCUCUGUUCCACAACAUUCUUCUGCUUGGCGUGCAGUAUCCCGACAACGAUGGAGAGCAAUUCCUAGCCUGGCGGGCCGCGAUCAAAACUCGUUGUUGGCAGGUGCUCCAAAAACUCUGGCGCUCACCGCUUACGAGUGCUAUCGUCAUGGAGGAACUGCGCGACAACGAGCUGUUGUUCAUUGAAGCACCCCAGCUUACACCCAUCACCCUCGAUAUACCUUGGGACGGAAUGUCAUUGGCCCAAGGGCUUGAAGUCGCACCCAGCGAUUAUUCUGCAUUCUUCUCCGGGCCACCAGCACUUGCUCUCCAGAGCUUCCUCCAACGGCGGGCUGCUUUCUUAGAUUAUGAAUCAAGGGAGCUACGCUUGACCGUCAAAGAAAACAUGCCUACGAUGAAGUCUAGGAUCCAAUCGUUGCUGCUCGGAACUACCAUCAGACCUGGUGAGGACGCCACAACCAACCCCAACAUUUUCGAUUUGUUCGACUUUAUAGAGCUGGUGUACCCGGAACGCGCCCUGCCAGACCAACACAAGUUCUUUGAAGGCGUCAACCUCGACUCAUGCCAGGAAGACAAGGAAGGCUGUACACUUUACUCGAUACCGCUACUCGAACAAGUCAUCCGACUCAAGCUGAAGCACUGGCGAAAGGAAGGCUUGUUGAAAGAAGAGGACCAGGAAAUCGAACUCGCUGAACAGGCCGAACUGCUCAUGGCUAUUUUUGUCGACUGGAAUCGCCGUACUCAGCUCUUGCGCUACCACAAGGACAUCCUCCAGUCGUGGGUUCAGGUGGUUAUGGUGGCAGUACACAACUGCGACUUUGAAAGCGGAGCACGGAGCUCCUUCAUUCUGCAGACGUUGCAAGUCAUCCUCCCAAAGCUCGAACAGUCAUACGCCGCCGACAUCUUCACGGCUCUACAGCUCGCCAGCCUCGCGGAAUCUUUGGUGCAAAAGGUCGAUUUCGAGUCGACAGCAUUUGACAAGACAGGCGACUUUGCCAACGACCGGUUGUCACAACUCUUCCGGGCUGCGCUCCUCGGCAUCUAUAGCCCAGUCUCAACAGCUGAACUGCGAGAAUACUGCUACCAAAUCUGCUUCCGCUACAUGCACGGUACCUUCCACAAGGCAGCGCCAAAUUCCGUGCUGGGCCGACACACACUCGGUGCGAUUAGGAACUGCGGCAGCCAUAUGCUUGAAGUGGUCUGUGACGAUGCUUACAGCGGGCAAGGAACGUGCAAGGUCUCUGCACUCCUUCUUCUCAAUGCAUUCGUAGCAGCAGCCACUCGUCAGUCUUCCAAGUACAUCCUGGAAAGCUUCGUUGCUCUCAACUUCAUCGGUGUUCUUGUCGACAACAUCAAGCACAUUCCCGAGGAACUUCGCGCAGCCCCCGGACCACACGUACCCAUUCUACUCUCCUACUACGACGCCAGUCUCGCGCUUCUCCUUCGCAUAUGUCAAUCUCGAUUGGGGGCGGCGUACGUACUCAAUGCAGGCCUCUUCCCGGCUAUCCGCGACUCCCAAAUCUUCUCGGUAGACCCCGACAUUGGUCUCGAAUUUGACGAUGCGAAUGCUCUGCGCAAGUACUACGAGCUCAUGCUAGCCGUGCUGCGAGUCAUCAAUGCCGCAGUUAUCGCGCGCGGACGGCAAAACGACCAGACUGUGUUCCAAGCGCGAGAGUUCCUGAAGGAUAACAGGCAUAGCAUGGUCAGCAUUUUUAAGAGAAGCGUCAAUGUGGGUGCCGGGGUAGGCCAGGAGGUGCAUCAGGAUCUGGUUGACUUGGUGGAUUGCUGGACGGUAUUGGUGGAAAUUACGGGCUUCUUGCAGUAUGAGGAUGAGUACAGCCUAAAGAAGGCAAGGCCGAGCAUGUUUUCAUGAGUAGUAUGCAAAGGGGUUGCUGCAAUGUGGAGGGCGGCAUCAUCUUGGGCGCUUUGCAGAAAUGCUCUGCUAUGUAAUGUGUAGAGAAAUUGCAGUUUAAAAUCCUGUUGCAUCUUGCUACAGCCUCGGCUGAAGACCAUGGUUGCCUUGGAUACUACGUACUCGCUACACGGCCCAAAAGCUCUAAAUACAUCAAUGGGAAUCUGGCUAUUGACGGGUGAGUGCCCAGGCGCUUGUGUUUUGUCAGGGAUAUUCCGGCCGAUGCAUCCAAUGUGGAGCUGCCGCAUUCGGGCCGCGUGUAGCGUUCAUCCCCUACUAAAGCUCG